AUGGAUCAUUCUCUGAAAUCAUCAAGAGGCAAAGUAGUACCUACCACCACCCCAACCACCACCCCAACCACCAACAAUCCAAAUUCUCAAGAAGAAAGUGGAUGGACAGCUUACUUUGAUGAUUUCUCAAAAGGCAUAGAACCAAGUUAUUGUUCAGGUGGUGGCUCUUCUUUGGUUUCAGAUGCUGCUUCUUGUGCUGCAUGGAAAUUAUCUCAUCAUCAUAAUCAUCUUGUUUCAUCAAAGUUGCCAAAGAAGCUAUGUUUCAAGAAAACAAGAUCUAAAAUUAUUUCAGAUGAUGACCCUUUAGAGGACACUGCUAGCUCUCCUCUCAAUAGUCCUAAGGUGAGAGACUUGAGUCCAAAUGAAAUUGCUUCUAAAAAGAUUGAUGAUCAACUUCAAGCAGGUUCUAUGGGUAAAGGGUUAACAUCAUCACAUAAUCGUUCAGAGUUGCUGCAGAUGGAUGAUAAGAUUGGAUUUGAAUUUAAUGAAAAGAAUAUUGAUUGCAUAGAAUUGAAGAAAAGAGGGCUUUGCUUGGUUCCUUUGUCUUUGUUGGUAAACUAUUUGGGGUGA